AACUAGCUUGAAACCAUGUGGUAGCAAAAUAGCAAAAAUUGAUAAGCUGAUGAUGACAUUUUUGAAUUUUGAAAAACAAUAAUUUUGAGUUUUUGAACUUUUUGACUCAAAACUGAACCGCACGAACUCGUAAAACGCUGAUUCGGUCAUGAAUUCAUCAAGGUUAUUCAUACCGGUAUAGAACCAAGAACCAAUUAUCACGUAAAUCCUGUCAUAGAAGACGUAUUAAUUUCUGGGAAAUAAUUCAUAAGUAUUGAAAACUGGAAUGCAGCUUUGAAGUGAAAUUUUCGAAGCUUGGCAACUGAACGAAUUGUUCUAUUGAAUAACGUUUGUGAAUUUUUAGAACGCUGAAUAAAAAUUUCUUUCGUUGGAUUCAGUUACGAUUUCGUAUAUUUUCAAGAAUUGCUCCGAACAGUUCGAUGAAGAUGCUAUUUCGGAUCUAAAUGGCUCAUUAAAGAAUAAUUUCACUCAGGUUUCUGAUCUUUAAGCAGUACUUCGUUGGAUUUCAUCGUUGAAAGCAGCCCCAUCAUUCGAACUUCAAGAUGUUUUCUAUCCUACAAGGUCGUGCCAAUCUGUCGAAGAAAUUAUAUCUCAUCUAUCAAGGUAGAUUCACGAAAACACUGCCCAAUCUACGAAGUGGCGUCGAUUCCUCUAAAAACAUUUCUUACGUACAACAAAGUGGCAGCUCGCGAGAUCGUUCUGGUUCUUCGAAGCAAUUACUUCAUCCUCGUAACGAUAUUUUAAAACCAAUAUCGUUUAGUUUUCCAAACCAGCCCGAUUUUUCUCAAAAAUCUCGACACAACCACGUAAACAUCGAAACGAAACUAUUUUCUGCAUAUCGAAGACACUCGGAUUUUUCAAAAAAAUUAUCUUCCACGAGCAAAGAUAAAUUGGACCAGAUAAGCACUCUGGUUGAAGAAUGGACAAAACGUUACGAUUCAUUAGGUGAACUCGACACCAAUACUGUCUGCGGUACUUUGAAUAUUCUAUCGAGAUUUCACGUUUUUGAUAAAAAAUGGAAUACGAAAGAUCAGGAGAACUUCAAAAACCUGAUUGUUCAAAUAUCUCUGGAAGCGAAUCAGUUAUUUGACACGAAUCGUCAACCAGUUAAUAAAUUAAAACCGUGGCAGAUCGCGAAUACUUUGAACGCCUUGUCUGGUUGGAACGUGUUCAGAGAAGAUAUCUGGACCGGUACCGUUCAAGUAUACGGUAAAGAAGUAACCGAACCGCAGCUGUUCCAGUCUGUCAUCGUUAAACUAAUCAAUCAAGGAAACAGUUCGCUAGAUCCUAGAAAUAAAACAGUCGAUCAGUUCGAUUCUCAGGCUGUAGCCAAUAGCUUGAACGCGUUAUCUAAAUGGAACAAGAACGAGCUAGAAGGAGCCAGCGAAUUCAUCGUUCAAUUAAUGAAACACGGUUCUACAGCUACUGGUGGAUUCGCUUCGGCGCAGCAUAAUCUAGAAGAUGAAAAACACACUUGUAUGCGAGUGAUUAAAACCUUAAAAGCUAUGUCUAAAUGGCACAACGAGGAAUUGCAAGGAUCUAAGGAGUUUAUCUCUCGAGUACUCGUCAAAGGAAUCUCACUAGCUAAUAAAUUCAACUCCAUUGAAAUCGCCAACGGUCUGAACGCGUUAUCUAAAUGGAACCUGAAUGAUUUUCCAGAAGCCAGAGGGUUCAUCGUGCUGCUGAUCAAACGAGGAAACGCGAUUAUCGAUCAAUUCAACUGUCAAGGAAUUUCUAAUUGUUUAAACGCGUUAUCUAAAUGGAAUAUAAACGAAUUGCAAAGCUCCAGAGAAUUCAUCACUCAGCUGGUUAAACGUGGAAGCUCUACGGCUAAAGGAUUCAAUCCUCAAGAAGUUUCCAAUAGUUUGAACGCUGUGUCGAAAUGGAAUAUCGACGAAAUACAAGGAAUUCGGAAAUUUAUCGUCGAGAUGAUCGAAUGCGGAAAUCUGACGGUCGAUAUGUUUAAUUCGCAAGGUGUUUCGAAUGCUCUAAACGCCUUAUCCAAGUGGAACAUCGACGAUUUCCAAGGUGCUAGAAAAUUAAUCAAUCAGCUAAUUAAACGAGGAACUUCUACGAUCGACGGAUUCGACGCUCAAGAAAUUGCCAACAGUUUGAACGCUCUAUCGAAAUGGAACAUCGAAGAGUUUCCUGCAUCUAAAGAGUUCAUCGCCAGUUUAGUUCAACGAGGCAGUGUAACAACAGGCGGAUGUCGUUCUCAAGAAAUAGCCAACUGCUUGAACGCUUUGUCCAAAUGGAAAAUAGACGAGUUCCCCGGUACUAGAGAAUUCAUCGUUCGGUUAUUAAAUCAAGGCAACUCUAUGGUUCUUGAAUUCGACUCUCAAGGUAUCUCGAAUUGUUUGAACGCACUGUCCAAAUGGAACAUCGACGAGUUUCGAGGAUCCAAAGAUUUCAUUAUCCAGUUAUUCCAAAAAGGUAUCGCAACGAGCGACGAAUUAAUACCUCAAGAUAUAGCUACGAGUCUGAACGCUCUAUCUAAAUGGAAAAUAAACGAAUUACCCGGAGCUACGGAAUUCAUAGUCAAGUUAAUACUACGAGGAAGCUCAACAGUGAGUAAAUUCGAUUCGCAGAAUAUCGCCAACAGCUUGAAUGCUUUGUCCAAAUGGAGUAUAGACGAAUUCGAAGGAAGCAGGGAGUUCAUUUUGCAGCUCGUGAAACGUGGAAAUUCGACAAUCGACUCGUUCGAUCCUCAAGGCACUUCGAAUUGUUUGAACGCGCUUUCUAAAUGGAACAUCAACGAGUUCCAAGGAGCUAAACAAUUCAUCUUGAAGUUAAUUAAACGUGGAAGCUCGAUAAUUGGCGGAUUUCAUCCUCAAGCUGUUGCCGCUAGUUUGAACGCUCUGUCGAAAUGGAAAAUCGACGAGUUACCCGGAUCUAGGGAGUUCAUUAUUCAGCUGGUUAAUAAAGGUGUUUCGAUGAUACAUCGAUUCGAUACUCCAGAUAUUACUAAUAUUCUUAACGCUCUGUCGAAAUGGAACAUCGACGAGUUGCAAGGCUCCCGGGACUUCAUUCUGCAGCUAGUCAGUCGCGAGAAUUUAGCCAUCGAGAAAUUCGAAGCGAAGGAUAUUUGUAAUAAUUUGAACGCUUUGUCCAAAUGGAACAUCAACGAGUUCGCACGAUACGAAGUCCUGAUUAUUCAGUUAAUCGAUCGAGGUAAUUCUUUAGUCGAUGAAUUUCAUCCCCAAGCCGUUGCUACGAGUCUGAACGCGUUGUCUAAGUUGAAAAUCGAUUCGUUGAAAGGAGCUAAGGAAUUUAUUAUUCGAUUAAUACAUCGAGGGCAUUCGACAGUCGACGAUUUCGAUUCUCAAAACAUCGCUAAUAGUUUAAACGCGUUGUCUAAAUGGAACAUAGACGAAUUCAGCGGAUCGAACGAGUUCAUCGUCGAGUUGAUUAGAUGCGGGAAUUUACUCGCCGAUCAAUUCAAUCCUCUGGAAAUUGCUGGCAGUCUGAACGGUCUAUCGAAAUGGAACAUAGGUGAUUUUCAAGCAGCUGGCGAGUUCAUCGAUCUAUUAGUCGAACGAGGUUGUUCAACAGUUGACGAAUUCCAACCCCAAGAAAUCGCCAACAGUCUGAACGCGUUGUCUAAAUGGAAUAUUAACGAAUUUCGACGAACUAGAGAAUUUAUUAUACGAUUAAUUAAACGUGGCAAUUCAACGAUCGCCAGAUUCGAUUGCCAGGAAGUUAGUAAUUGCUUAAAUGCUCUAAGUAAAUGGAAAGUCGACGGACUAGAAGGAGCAACGGAAUUUAUCGAGGAACUCGUCAAACGAGGAAAUUCAAUUUCUGGCGAAUUCAAUUCGCAAGAGGUCGUUAAUAGCUUGAAUGCUUUAUCAAAGUGGAAUAUCGACGGAAUACCAGCAGCUCGAGAUUUCAUCGUCAAUUCAGUAUCUCGUGGAAGCGCUAUCGUCGAUGAAUUCAGUCCUCAGGGAAUUUCUAGUACUUUGAACUCUGUAUCUAAACUUAACAUUUUUGACAGCAAGAAAUGGGACGAUAAUCAGUCGAGAAACUUCAAACGUUUCAUUAUCAAGCUUGCGGAAAAAGGGACCGAAAUACGCAGCGAGUUUAAUUCUCGAAGCAACGCUGAAAUAUUCAAUGCUUUUUCGAAACUGGAAAUUUCAAGUAAUGAAAAAUGGACGCCAGAUGAACAGAAUCGGUUGAAGAAUUUCCUCAAGUUAGAAAUUUGCUAGUCAACGUCAAUGUUUCUGGUGUAGAUUUUUCGAGUAGAAAGUACACUCUCGAUGAGAUUUCAAGAAUAUAUAAAACGAUGUUGGAAUAUUCUUAAAAAUAAUGAAUUCGACUCGAAACAGGUUUAUAAGUUUGAAGAUCUCGUCGAUAAUCUGGGAAAUCGACUUCUUACCCUUGGAAGUUAGCAGAAUUCGGUAUUCUGUUAAUUUCCAAGGGUGAGAAGUCGAUUUUCUAGAUUAUCGACGAGAUCUUUAAACUUAUCAACCUGUUUCGAGUCGAAUUCAAGGUGCAGUGUCUACGAGUAUAUUCAAAUUAUCAAACAUUUACCUGAGCUCGAGUCUAGAAAAUCUUAUUCUGUCUGAAAAUCGGUUAAGCUGGUUUCGUCGAUGUAAUGUUUGAGCAGUAAUGUGGAGCAAUGCGGAUUUUUUCUCGUUUGAAGAAAGAUUUUAUUCAAAAAAGUAUUUUGACUGGGUUGCACGAUCUCUUAAAAAUUGCCAGCGAAUUGAAAGAUAGGCACAGUUUGGAACUGGAAAGAGCGUUUGAUUAGAGUUUGUCUAAACUCUAAAAUAUACAAAAAUGUUGUGGGACUCGAUUUGAAUUAGGUAUAUUGAUGAAAUAGAUAAUGUAGUUUAUGAACUUGAUAUUACAAGUGAUUCGAGAUAAGACAGGUUUUGUCUAGGUAAAUUAUUGGUUUUCAGCUGUGAUAAUUUAGAUUUGGAAAUUUCUUUAGUAAAACUUCAUGUUUUUUGAUUUUAAAGGACUAUUUAAAAUAGAAAUAGCCAACACAUCUGAAAUGUGUUGAAAUGAAGGUUUUUGUGUUCUGUUUAAAUUGUUUUUAAUUGCCUGUGUUGUAUUUUAAUAGUAUAGGUACUUGUAAGCGUGUAAAUUUCAGAACUUCAUAUUAUUUUGUUAUUUGUCAAAUGUUCGUUUCCUUGUGGAUGUCAUUUUCAAUAAAUCGAUUAAAAUCACU